AUGUCAUCUCCCGAGGAACUCAUUGCCGAGGCUUCAAGAAAGGCAAAGAAAAGUAGCGGACUGCUGUCGUCAUUAUUUGGAAGCUCGCAGCAAACCAAAUACGAAGAAGCUGCAGAUCUUUAUGUGGAAGCAGCCAAUCUUUACAAAUUACAGAGGCGAAGUGCCGAGGCUGGCCAUACAUUUGAGAAAGCAGCCGAUUGUCAGAAGCAGGCCAAUUCACCAGAUGAAGCUGCAAACACCCUUGUUGAAGCAUACAAAGCGUAUAAGACAGAGGUUCCAAUUGAGGCUGCACAAUGUUUGGAAAGGGCAGUGGAGAUGUUUGUGAAGAGAGGACAAUUCAGAAGAAGCGCUACAUUCAAAUCAGAUUUAGGAGAGUUAUACGAGAACGAGCUUCAUGAUGUGAAGAAGGCCAUACAGAGUUAUGAUGAUGCCAGCGAAUGGUACAAGGGUGAUUCUGCCAAUGCCUUGGCCAAUAAAUGUGCAUUAAAGGCGGCAGACUUGUACUGUGACGAUAGCAUAAAAAACUUCAGUAAGGCUGCCCAGGUCUACGAGAGUAUUGCCAAGGAAUCGCUCAACAACAACUUGGCCAAAUGGUCGUUAAAGGAGUAUUUCUUGAAGGCUAUUCUAUGCCGUUUGGCCGAUAGUAAUGAUUAUGCCAGUGCGAAUGCAUGCUUGAAUAGGUUUUUACAGUGGGAUCCAAGUUUUGAGACUACCAGAGAAUGCGAGUUUGCUACAAAGCUUAUCGAAGUUGUCAAGAAUGGAGAUGCAGACGGUAUCGCCAAUGCUUCAAAGAUCUACGAUAAAUUCUCUCGCCUUGAUGGAAUGAAGGUAAGAAUUCUUAACCAGAUUAAGAGCAAUGUGGUUGAAGCUCCUGACCAAUUGGAAGAGGACUUCACAUGA